CGUCACUGAACAAGUGAAGGUACUUCGUUCACCACGCUACCGUCAGACCAAUGUCGAUGAAAUCUAAACCAGCAACUGAAGCGAAACUUGAUACUGACAAACGGGACAAGAUGGACACAGAACAAGAACCAGACUCUCAGCCUGCAAGAAAGCGGCCUCGCAUUGACCUUGGUGUCAGCGAGCGCAAGCGAGGCAAGAGCAUGUUUGGUAUUGUUCUUGGCACGCUGAACAAGGCGAAGAUUGAGGAUAAAGAAAGGAAUGCCAGUGAAGCGGCAAAAAAACGCCAGAUGAUAGACCAGCGGUUGCAAGCCAAACUUCGAAAGGAAACCGACUCGGUUCGACGCACUGAAGAAGCCAAGAAAGACAGGAACGCCGCAAAUCGCAAAGAAGAAGAACUUCAGCUCAAAGAUUCCAUCAACAAGCUACGAAGAACGCAUUUACCACUCUAUUCUCACUUCCUAUGUACAUCUGACGACGUCCAAUCCAUUGAUUCCAUGGAAGACCAGACGUCAUCCAUGAAUCCUCUAGCUCUCCCCACACGAUCACACCCUCCACCUCUCUUUUAUUUGCCUGCGAUACUCACACCAGCCCAGGAAGCAUUUGUAGAAAAACGCAAAUUCAAGGUCAAGGAAGCAGCCGAAUCCGAAUGGUCCACUUUCCACGAGGAGCGUGCUGCCGGUAUCGACGAAAUCAAACAGCUCCGACUACGUGUCGCCGACGAGGACGCGAGAAGGAAGAAGGAAAAGAAAGAGGAGGCCGACGCCGAUGAAAAAGCUCAGGUCAACAAAGACGAGGAAAUGACCUCCGAGGAGCCCAAGCUUUCUGACUCGAAGGUGGAGGAGCGUGACUCUAAGACAGAAGAAAAGACGGAGGAACGCGACUCAAAGGUGGAAGAAAUGGAGGUGGAUGUUGGCGCUAAGGAGGAAUUAGGCAUGCGUGCAGACGAUGAAGAUGCAGUUGAGUACUGAUUUAGAUUGAAUAGUACAGGUGUGCGUGAUCAAUUUGAAGUUGUCACCUGUAGUGUGCUGAAUAUAGUCAGGUAUCGGAUUUGCUCGUGAUGACCGACGAACCAAUGGCGUUUCCAAUUUUAGGAGAUACAGAUAACUAUAAUCAAGUUCGAAGUCGUUAAUCCUUGAUCUUUGUUCCGGGCUUAAUGGAACAAUUCGUGAUGAGAUACUGUUGGUGUUAGCUUGGCAGCAUAAUACAGCAUGGUUGGCACCAUAGUUGCUGUAUCGGCGGCAGCCUG